UUGGGUCGUGAAGGGGAAGACUUCCGCCCUCGAGUUUUUCGCGGGCUACAUCGUCGAGCAGUCCUUGUCGGUAGACAACCUCUUCAUCUUCAUCAUGCUGUUCGACUACUUUAAGGUCCCUGCGGAGUUCCAGUCGCGCGUGUUGAACUGGGGAAUCAUCGGAGCCGUGUCGAUGCGGGCGAUCAUGAUCGUCGUUGGCGUGGCUGCGAUACAGCGAUUCCGGGGUGUCAUGCUGGUCUUUGCCGGCAUCUUGGUGGUUUCUUCCUUCAAGCUUCUGAUGGAAGGGGUUGAAGAGGACCACGCGGAUAGCUCUGCUCUCGAAGGCAACAUGGUGCUUCGAGUCGCGAACUGGAUGAUGGACUCGACCGACUACUACGAUGGGGAGAAGUUCUUUACACUGGUGGACGGCGCCAAGAAGGCCACGCCUCUUCUCCUGUGCCUGAUCUGCAUCGAGAUGACAGACUUCGUCUUUGCGGUGGAUUCUAUCCCGGCCGUCCUUGCCAUCUCUCAGGACACGUUCAUCGUUUACGCGUCCAACGUGUUCGCCAUCUGCGCCAUGCGAAGCAUCUACACCCUCGUUAGCCACGCCAUCUCCGACUUGCCGUACCUCAAGCCUGCCGUGGCCCUUGUGCUCGGCUUCGUGGGGGGCAAGAUGUUCGCGGAGUUCUUCCACUACGAAAUUGGCGUUGGGACCUCGCUGACAGUGGUGUGCGGCUUGUUGGCCAUCGGCGCCAUCGCCAGCGUGAUCUCGAACAAGCGGCGAGAUGCCGCCCUCGCCGCCGCCGACGCCUCCGCGGUGACCGGCGGCGGCUCCUCCGGGUUGACGUUCGAAUCAUUCUCAGCUGAAAAAGACGGCGGGGAAGGAGGGGGGGCGGGAGGAGGAGGAGGAGGGUUUGCCAGUGACGCAGCGGCCGCAUUUACCUCUGAAGCUGGUGGGGAGGAGAGCACGCCCCCGGCGGUGUCAGCGUCGGCAGUGGACGAGGAGCUGGCGGGGGUGCAAGACGAAGCGAUCGCCGCUUCGAAGGCCGCGGAGGACGCGGCAGCAGCCAAGGCGGGGGAUGCCGCCGACGAUGCGGCGGCAGCGGCGGAGGCUGCGGGGGCGGCGGCGUUGGCCGAGGACGCCGCGCCCGUCAAGAGAGGCCUGGUAAAAGGAGCUGCUUUUGGGAUGGAGCCGGCCAAGAAGGCCGGGGGGGAUGCGGAGGAAAAGGGCCUCUUUGACGGAAUUGCAGAGGGCAUGGACGGCGAGGGAUGA